UGAACAUAUUCUAUUUAGUGUAUUUCGAAGCUACUUGGAUUUUUAGAAAUUCCAUUUCACGGUUAGAGAAAAGUAAUAAUGGUUUCUAUAAAGAAACUGCAAAUUAUUUUGGAUUUUUUAUUGAUAAGUUUGAAAGAGUAUAAUGAUUAUAAAAAUAAUAAUGCGGCACAUGUGGAUCAGGAGACAAAAGAUCGAAUCGCCAAUGUAGAUGAGUGGUCACGUGCAAUGAGAUCUUUUGGAAGCUCAUUUAUAAUGAUGUUGAUACAUAGCAAGGAGGAUGAUUUUCUCCAAAACAUAUUUAAAGAAGUAAAAAAUGAAAAUCGUUCAGAAAAUAUACAAUUUACGAACGAUUUGUCAACGGUUUUUCGAUAUUCCAAUAUGAUUUUAAAAAAUAAACGCAAUCCUACACCAAAAGUUGAUGACUUUAAAAUUGACGAAUCAAAUUUUAUGAAAAUAAUAAAUUUCAUGAUGGCUAGUGCAAAUUACUAUCACUUUUAUCACAAUGGUUUUAAUUUUUCUUUAUUGGCCGAUUUAAGAAGUAAAAAUGAAGAAGUGUUAAAAUUAAUUAUGUCAAAUCCUGAUCGUACGACAUCGGAAAAUGAUGCUUUCCUCUAUCCAUUCCUUUCGUUAUUCUGGGUGUAUUCAUUAAUGUUUCCUACACUCGCCAAUAGUGAAAAUUACACUGAUUGCUAUUUUGAUGCUCUUGUGGGAUUCAGAAUACCAAAUGAUACAAUUUUUAAUUUUCAUUUAGAAAAAGAGGAAAAAAUCGAAAUUUUACUGACAAACUUAACAAUUCCAUUGAAAAAUUUAUUGUCAUGUAUGUUAUUACAGCCAGAAAUAAAGAAGACCGUGGAAGAAAAUCCGAUACUUAACGAAGCUUUCAAAAAUAUCACCAUAAUACCCUCUGAUGAAUUUAAUGAAAAACAUGAAUUAUUCAAGAAUCAUUUGAAGCUCGCUAUCGAUUAUUUUAAAAAUGUUUUGAAACUUGACGAUUGUAAUAAAUUCCCAAAGUUUAAUAAUUCAAAAAAUGAUGAAUUCAAUUUUCAGAAAAUUGUUAAUUUGCUAACUCAAACAGCAAUGGAAAAUUAUUUGUUACACAAAAACUAUUAUCCCCAAUCUUCGAGCUUUCCUGAGACUAGAAGUGAAGAAAUGCGAAAAUUAAUGCCCUCUGAAUGCGUGCCAGGAUUAAAUGAAAAUAAAGAAACAUUUAAAAGACUCUUUGAAUUUUUUGAUUUAUUAAAAGUAUUUUCCUCAGAGUUUUUCUAUCGAAAGAAACGGUAUUUGAAGAAUAUUUUGGAAUUACUAUUAAUAAAUGAGAAAAUUGAAGAGUUCGUUUUAAAGAAAAAUAACGUGAGCAGAGAAACAUUAAAUACCAGUAUAAAAAAAGGAAUAAAAAUUGUUAGUGAUUGUCUCACACCAAGAGCAAUUUAAGGGCAUGUGAGAGAAAAAGUGGUUUUCGUAAAUUAAUUUUUAUUUAAUAGGAAAAUAAUAUUUUGAGUCUUUGUAAUUGAAUA